CUAGUUUCUAUCUAGUUCAUGUACAGUGUGGAUUGAAGGACUGGGAGAUAUCUGUUCAUCUGUUUCUGAUUUGCCAUCUGCUGCGGUAGAUCAGGCCUUCGAUUCAAUCCGACUUCCUAUCCUAUUGAAGAGAUCGUCUAGUUGUGACCACCGCAGGAAGGGCUUUGUUUCCCCCGCUUUUCACUGGUCCAUCUACCUACAUCCCUACCCAGCUGGAGUCGACAUACCAAUCUCUCUCCGGUCUCUGUUCAACGUCCCUGAAUACAUAAUCGCAGAUAUAAUUGAACAUAAAGAACAAAAUGGGUUUCUUCACCGGCUUCUUCAGCGGCUUCGCCCUCACCACCUCCGUCCUCUACAUCAGUCUCCAAGUCCACAAAGCCAACCGACUGGAACAACGCAACCUGAUCCGCGAACAAACCCGGGCACUGAACUGGCUAGCCUCGUCGACCGGCGCGUACGAUCGACGCUUACUGCCGAGUGAUGCGGAGCAAGAGGAAAUGAAGAAAUUGCGGGGGUCGAAACCGGUCAUGAAGGAUUUCUUGAAGCAGCGGUGGAAUCAGGAGGUGGAGACGUUGGCGCGCAAGGCGUAUGAAAGUCGGUGGGAGGAUGCGAGGGAUACGGCGGUGGAGGGGUGGAAGACCGUGGUGAGGUUGGUGAAGAGGGAGUAGCUAGGACUAGGAGCCUAGGAUUUGUUUUGUUCAUUUGUGUGGUUUUGUGUUGGUUAUAUAUGUGAUUGAAGGGGGGGGAGGGGAGUGGUGUGGUGUGGAAUACGUUUUCAGAUACCCUUAGUUUAGUUUUAUGAAAUAGCGGUAAUGCUAUGCUUGAUUCUCU